AUGCUUCCUGAUGAGGACCAAGCGACCAGUCCAGACACCACGGACAGCGACCAUGAAAACAGGUUACGCAGGAAAGCGUGCGUGGCUCUUCUGUUGUUCACUUUGUUCAUUUUUGGUACUAUGAUGGGCCUACGAACCCUCAAACCCACCGAUGGCUUCUCGGAUCUUGCUCCAGGAAUGGAGUUGAUGCCUUUGGUUGGAGAGCGAAUAGACCAGAGACCCAAUCAGGUAGUUGAAUCAGCAGGUCAAAACCACACUGCUGGGGGCAGUGACACCAAGAUAGUGUUUUCCAGCUCUGGUCCCGACCACAGCAUAUUUUAUGACAUUCACAUCUUCUAUUAUUUAUGGUAUGGCUCGCCACAGAUGGACAGUAGUUAUAUACACUGGGACCAUGUACUUGUACCACACUGGGACCCCAAAAUAGCUGCCAGUCACCCAAAUGGACGACACAAUCCUCCAGAUGACAUUGCGUCCAGUUAUUACCCUGAACUGGGACCCUACAGCUCCAGAGAUCCAGAUGUCAUUGAAUCCCACAUGGCACAAAUCGAAGCGGCGGCUGCAGGUGUGUUGGUCCUGUCCUGGUACCCUCCUGGUGUGGCAGAUGAACAUGGCAAACCCACUGAGGAUGUAGUGCCAGCUGUAAUGGAUGCUGCCCAUAGACACAGUAUCAAGGUUGCGUUUCACCUGCAGCCCUACAAAGGCCGGACAGAGCUCAGUGUGCACGACAACAUCAAAUACAUCAUUGACAAAUACGGGACACACAGGGCUUUCUACAGGUUCAAGUCCAGCACUGGGAAGAUCCUUCCGCUCUUUUAUGUGUACGACUCCUACCUUACCCCACCGGAGGCCUGGGCUGAGCUGCUGACUGUCAGAGGCUCUCUCAGUCUGCGAGGAACUCCUUACGAUGGCAUCUUCAUCGCUCUCAUAGUGGAAGAGCGUCACAAGCAGGACAUCCUGGCUGGUGGGUUCGACGGCAUGUACACCUACUUUGCUUCUAAUGGCUUUUCCUUUGGAUCGUCUCACCAGAACUGGAAAGCGAUCAAAGCAUUUUGCGACAAGAACAACUUGCUGUUUGUGCCUAGUGCUGGACCUGGUUAUAUGGACACCGCCGUCCGGCCGUGGAACAACCACAACACACGCAACCGAGUGAAUGGACGAUAUUACGAGACCUCUUUGCAGGCAGCGAUGUCCGUAAGGCCUGAUAUCAUCACAGUAACGUCAUUUAAUGAGUGGCAUGAAGGAACUCAGAUUGAGAGGGCCGUGCCUAAGAAGACUGUGGCCCGUCUGUAUUUGGACUACAAACCCCAUCAGCCAGACCACUAUCUAGAGCUCACCAGGAAGUGGGCAGAACAUUUCAGUAAGGAGAAAGAGCAGUGGCUUAUGUGAUUCGACCUCGUCACGUCUUACCAUUGUUGAGUUUUGGGUUUAGAAUGUUUUCAUAUGUUACUGACGUUAUCAAUGUUACAGAUUACUGUCUUUCAAUUUAUGCAUACAUUUUAAAGGCAGCUAAGUAAUUAGCAAGGACAAGACACCUUCUUUCUCUCUUACUUGGCCUGUUGAUAAACAGUUGAUUUACUGUUGCAGACAGAUUACUUUGAAGAAUCUU